AAGAUCAGAGAUGAGAGUUGUUUGAAGUUGUGGCCUUCAGUGUGCCCUAGUCUUACACAAUUAGCUGUUGUGGGCAUGGCCACUUAAUUUAUAAAUGUCUCCCAGGCUGCAUGAAAAUGUUAUUAGUCCAUACUAAGGACACAGAGAAUUCUGCAUUGCUUGAGAUUGCUCAGUGAUAAUCUAGCACAAUUUUAUGGGAUUAUUUGAUAGUACUGAUCCUAAAAUGCCUCAUUUGACUGACUGCUCUUUCUAUCAGGUUCAGACUCAUUUGGAGAACCCAACCAGGUACCAUAUUCAACAAACUCAGAGACAUCAAGUGAAGCAGUACCUUACCCUGGAUACAAAGCUGUCUAGCCAGACUUUGUCUCUCUCCCAUUCCCAUUCAAUCCAUUCUUCAGGAGCAACACCUAUAUUAAGGAGUGGGCAUAUGCCUCCUACCAGCGAUAUCAGCACUCCUGGAAGCCCAGUGAUGAAGUUACUCACUCUUGGAGGAGAACAUGAAAAUGCGAUGGAAGACGUUAUUGAUGACAUAAUCAACAUGGAAUCAAAUUUUAAUGAUGAAGGGAUAAGUUGCUCUGAAGCACCAUUGCUUAUGCAAAGAACUCUUUCAAGUAGCAUUCUGGACAUAUACAACAGUGACCAAGGAAUGCCAGCUGCUAAUAUGGGUCUUGCUAAUACUUCCUGCUCAUCUAGUUUGCCAGUUAAAAGAGAACUCCCAGAAACAGAUACACGAGCAAUGGCAAAGGAGAGACAAAAAAAGGAUAACCACAAUCUCAUUGAAAGAAGAAGAAGGUACAACAUUAAUUACCGGAUCAAGGAGCUUGGCACACUUAUCCCAAAGUCUAAUGAUCCUGAUAUGCGCUGGAACAAAGGAACUAUUUUAAAAGCAUCAGUGGAGUAUAUCAAGUGGUUACAAAAAGAACAACAAAGAGCCAGAGAAUUAGAACAUAGACAGAAGAAAUUAGAACAGGCUAACAGGCGACUCUUGCUUCGAAUUCAGGAGCUAGAAAUACAAGCCCGAGCCCAUGGCCUGCCCAUCAUGACUUCUAUCAGCACUGUAGACUUGACAUCUCAUGUCAUGAAACAGCCAGCAUUUCCAGAGGAGAAUUCAGUUGACUACUCUCAACAUCUUCCCGUGGCUCACGAGCUGCACUCUGACCUCGGUGACACUGUUGCAGCCUUUUCUGACCCACUCUCACACUUCACAGACUUGUCUUUUAGUGCAGCUUUGAAAGAACAAAGAUUGGACAAAAUAUUGCUAGAUGACACCAUAUCGCCUUUUGGGACAGAUCCACUUCUAUCUUCUGUAUCUCCUGCUGUGUCGAAGGGGAGCAGCCGAAGGAGCAGCUUUAGUUCAGAUGACGGUGAUGAUGUAUAACACAGGAAAGACUCCAUACUUACAUUGUUGUUGUUGCCAAUGUUGAUUGUUGUUUGCUUUUACUUCCUUGGUGCUGGAAUGGUGUUGCUGCUCAGUUCAAGUAAAGAAACAGUAAGCGAUUGUCAAUGGAACCAGUUCUGUAAUGUGCACUUUAAAGUGGUGCGUACAUCAUAAGAAAAUCAAAGCUGGAAUGAAAAACUGAGCUUGGAGAAAUUCCCUGCUUAGCAGGCUGAAAUGGGAUUUUUCAUAUAGGCUGUGAAAUUGUGACUUAAAAGGUGGAGGGAAUUUUUCAAUUUAUUACUUCAUAUUACCCCCGAAACAACGCCUUUUUAGUGUGCGGUGUUCUUCCGAAGUAGUGUUUUUUAAAAUAACAUUUUAUAAUUACCAUUCCUGAUGAGUUAGUUAUAUAUGCAUAUAAAGCAUUAUUCCAGUGAUACCAAGGGAAUAAACCAGUCAUCACCAUCUUGGAAGAAGCACUGCUGUCCUGUUGCCAUCUCCGAAAAAGGAAAGGCUCUUAUUCAUCUUACGCCUCUGCAAAUAGCUUUCCUAUUUUUACAGAAGUUCACUAUUGGCUUACUUCAGUGUUGAAGGAUGUAUAAGUAUAUGUAGCUUCUUCAGUGUUGGGACAUAGACAAAUUAUCCUCCUACCAAGUGUGGUGUUUGCCAGCAGGAAUUUUGUGGAAUUUCUGAUCAAAUUGCAGUGCCAAAAAUCCUGUUUUUCAGUAUAGGAUUUUUUCCCCCUUUCAUUGUGUUGUCGAAGGCUUUUAUAGCUGGAAUCACUGGGUUGCUGUGAGUUUUCAAACUAUAUGGCGAUGUUCCAGAAGCAUUCUCUCCUGACGUUCCACCCACAUCUAUAGCAGGCAUCCUCAGAGGUUGUGAAGUCUGUUAGAAACUAGGCAAUUGAGGUUUAUGUAUCUGUGGGAUGUCCAAGGUGGGAGAAAGAACUCUUGUCUAUUGGAAGCAAGUGUGAAUGUUGCAGUUGGCCACCUUGAUUAGCAUUGAAUGGCCUUUCAGCUUCAAAGCCUGGCUGCUUCCUGCCUGGGGGAAUUCUUUGUUGGGAGAUGUCAGAUAGUGUUAGAUAUAAGGAAAACAAAGAGAGGUAGUUAUAAGGAUUAAAGAGAUCAGAAGAAAGUAUGCAAUAAUGAAUCCCUGCAAUUUCAAGGUUAUGUGUUCUACAACUUUUAAGGGUGCAAAAAGCAGCGGGUCUAAUGCUGAAGCCCUUCUUCUAAUCAUUGAUGGUAGAAAAAAUGGGAUUAUAAAACCCUUUCCUUCCAAUGAUGAUAAUUUCAGGGAAAUAAUAUGUUAGAAAUACAGCUUGUUAACUUUGCCAUCUUAUAAUACUUCCCGAGUAUUUUGAAUGGUACAAUAUAUGUCACCCUUGCUAAAACUUUGCAGUACUGACAAUAUACAAGCAGCAAGGAUGAGGGACAAUUCCAGUGUCUAAAAGAGAAUCUUCCUUUUGAUAUUUUAUUAAUCUAGAUUUACUAUCUGAAAGGUGAAGCCAGUUGACCUUGGAAUUGCAGCGGAUUAUUAGGGUAACUAUAUGCUUUAUGGUGGUAAUACACUUGUAAUGGAGUUUCACAAAACAUAUAGAUUGAUGAAGUAAUUGAGAUUUAGCAGUAAGAGGGCAUGGGUUACUCACAUCAUUUUUGUAUCUAGUAAGGUUCUGGAGAGUAUUGUGGGUUCCUGGAGUGAACAAAUAGAAUAAUUGUACAUCAAAUACUAUCAUAUGUCAGGGAAGGUGCUGGCACAAAUUUUUUCCAACUUUGCUCAAAGAAAAGUUAAGUGAAAAGAACAGAGGAAAGAGUGUGUGCGACAGAGAUUGAAAUAGAGAUAUAAAGUUAGACCUAACUUUGCACGGAAAUCUCUUGCACAUUAUUUUUAAACACCAGUGGACAAGUCCUUAAUGGAGAGAUAGAAAUUAAAUAUGAACCAGCUACAUGUUUUUCUCUUUCCAUUUCUAUGGAGGUGCUUGGUCAUUACUUUGAACACUCUUGACUUUUUAAAGGAAAACUCAAAUUUACUUGCUUUUCUGAAACAGACAGUACAGUGUUCAUUCAUCAAUGUUUUGAAUGCUCAUUUGCAUUUUUGUAAAGGACUUCCAUUAUGAAAUGCUGGCAGGCUAUUCUUCUGACUUUGGGAUUAUGUGGUAAGCAUUUGGCAGGGCAGCUAUCCAAUGCAGGCGGAAAACCCUAAUCAUGUUUGGUCAUACUCAUGUUUGACACCAAUCUCAAAAAUAAUUGCUGUGCAAAUUGCGUUAAGUAUCUGCAUAGUGCCUUUGGCUACAGGAUUUUGUUAUUUCACUGACAAUCAGCACCUCGCAUGAUCAAGCCCUGGGAGAUCUCAUAUUGAGCUUUUUUAUAGCAAGGAGAUGGAGUUUUCCAUCUUAGUUCAUGGAACGUUUCCAUGAAUGGGAAAAGAAGGUAGACUGGAUUAAUAUUUGAGUGUAUGCUACAAGUGUCAUUUAUAGGAAAUAUGUCCAAAAGGCUUCCAAUGCAGCUUUAAUCAAGUCUUAUAAUAGGCAUGUGCUCUUCAUACGGCGAGGCCAUAGGAACUUAUCACUAUAAUAUUCAUUGGAGCAGGAAGGAUAGAUACCCUUCCCCCUUUUUCUCGAAUAGUUCAGGACUCAUCGUCUUUCUCCCAUAUACCUGAAGCAGUAAACUCAUCAUUAUAUAAAAAGAAGAGGAAUUGAAAUAUUGCAAUCUUGUUUAAUUUAUGAAAUGAAUAUAGAUGCUCCUUGGACACACACACAAAAAGACCCAAACCUUCAAGUAUUUUAUGGUCUGCAGUGUAGAUAUGAAAUGCUUAAAUAAAUGAAAACACUGAAAAAGAAGAAUGCUGUUGCUUUAUAGCAUAAAGGACUGAGACUAAUUCAGUCACUUAAUCUUAAUAAGAACACUGUUAUUAUAAUGCAUUUGACUGUUACAGGGCUGUAUAUAAAACGGGGAAUGUAAAAUUAUUGUAAUUUAAAAUUAUGUUAUGCCUUUUAGAUCAGUGAAGACAUUUACAUUGCUGUUGUGAGGCUGUAGAGUCAUUUUUAUAGUAAUUGCUAUUUUUUCACUGUUAAUACAAUUGCUUGUUUUCUAAGUGACUGUAUGCAACAAAGUAUGCUUUAUUACAUAUCCUUAUGCGAUCUUUUAUUAAACCACUUUUAAUAUGGGCUCAUAUUUAUGUUUAUUAUAACAGGAAUACAAUUAUCCACUGUGAAGUAAAGUAAGUCUUUAUAUGGUU